AUGGCAGACACCACCGAACAAGCUCCCCCGGAACCGAUCGAGGCGGGCGAUGCUGGCCAAAGUGAGGACGAGUUCGAGCCCCAGGAAUGGGAAUCGUCCUCGUCUGGAUCGGCUUCUGUUACGUCAUCCAUCUUGCAGCAUGCUUACGCCAACGGAAGACGGUAUCACUACUAUCGGGACGGAAAGUAUCCCAUCCCAAACGACGAUGUUGAACAGAACCGCGAGGACAUGAAGCACGCCAUGGUCAUGGAAUUAACCGACGGGAAACUCUUCCAUGCACCAAUUGGCGAAACACCUGGGAAGAUUCUGGAUCUAGGAACCGGAGUUGGUACCUGGGCGAUAGAAGUCGGAGAUCUCUAUCCCUCUGCAGAAGUGACUGGCUUAGACUUGUCUCUCCCAUUCAAUCGGACUGGUUUGGUGCCCCCAAAUGUUCACUUCAUCGUCGAUGACGUUGAGGACGAAUGGCUUUCUGGCGACAACUUCGACUUCAUCCACAUGCGGAACCUCGCAUCUUUGGCUCAUGACCUACCCAAGUUGCUUGAACAUGUCUAUGCCAAUCUCAAGCCUGGUGCGUGGGUCGAGACUCAGGAUUUCAGCGCCAACGUCGCCUGCGAUGACGGCACAAUGCCUGACGACUGGUACCUCUUGCAGCUUUGGGAGAAGAUCCGCCAGGCCAUGCCGAAGCUCAACAUCGAUAUACAGGUGGGACCUCGCGUCGGUAAAAUCAUGGAGGAGGCAGGCUUCGUCAACGUGCAGAAGAAGUCGUACAAGGUCCCUGUCGGGACUUGGCCCAAGGACAAGACCUUGCGCUUGGUGGGCAUGUACAUGCGAACCGUGACUGAGGACUUCCUGGGUGCGGCGGCGAGUAAGCCGUUGGCGGCUUUGGGCAUGGAGCGGACGGAGAUUGAGGUCUUCCUUGCCUUGGUCCGCAAAGCGAUUAGGGACCCUGAGGUGCAUGCGUAUGGCACUUAA